AUGGCUGACAUCCAGAACAUUUCGCUGGACAGCCCAGGGAGCGUAGGAGCUGUGGCAGUGCCUGUGGUCUUUGCCCUCAUCUUCCUUUUGGGCAUGGUGGGCAAUGGGCUGGUGUUGGCUGUGCUGCUGCAGCCUGGCCCAAGUGCCUGGCAGGAGCCUGGAAGUACCACAGACCUCUUCAUCCUCAACUUGGCAGUGGCCGACCUCUGCUUCAUCCUGUGCUGUGUGCCCUUCCAGGCGGCCAUCUACACGCUGGAUGCCUGGCUCUUCGGGGCCUUUGUAUGCAAGACCGUGCACCUGCUCAUCUACCUCACCAUGUACGCCAGCAGCUUCACUCUGGCCGCCGUCUCAGUAGACAGGCAAGGAGAGUGGGAUGGGGAAAUUAAGGCAGUGGCGGCGCUCUACGCGCUGUGCUGGGGCCCGCACCACGCGCUCAUCCUCUGCUUCUGGUACGGCCGCUUCGCCUUCAGCCCGGCCACCUACGCCUGCCGCCUGGCCUCCCACUGCCUCGCCUACGCCAACUCCUGCCUCAACCCGCUAGUCUACUCGCUCGCUUCGCGACACUUCCGCGCGCGCUUCCGCCGCCUCUGGCCCUGCGGCCGCCGCCGCCACCGCCACCACCGUGCUCAUCGCGCCCUCCGUCGUGUCCAGCCAGCGUCUUCGGGGCCCGCAGGUUACCCCGGCGACGCCAGGCCUCGCGGUUGGAGUAUGGAACCCAGAAGGGAUGCCCUGCGCGCUGGAGCGACUGGACUAGCCCUGUCUGCCCGGGGAGCGCAGUAAACCCCGCCAGCCUGGACUCUGCGGGCCGUCUGUCCUCUUCCCUGGGUGGCACAGUGUCACCGAGGAGCCCUCUAGAGGGCCUGGCUCCACCGCAGAGCAGAGGCAGAGUUGCAGCUCCAAUCCAAAGGACACCUGGGUGGUUAAAUUUGGCCCACCCAACCAGACAACAGUGUCCCAAAGCAGGCAGCCUCAGCCCCUAUCCAAAGCCAGUCUGGCAGGAGAAUAGCCCAUUCACCCAGCCUGCACCUUCCAGGCCCUGUUUUCUUCUACUACCUCUGACUGUCCCUUUUUGCUCCCAAGCCAUAACCUAGGUUUUUUGUUUUGUUUCAUUGUUUUGAGAGAGAGAGACAGAGACAGAGACUGAUUCAAUUCGUCUAGGCUGUCCUGGAACUGCCUACUGUAGCCAAGGAUGAUCUUCGACUCUUUAUUUUCCUGCCUCUCUGACCCACGUACUGGGCUGACAGGCACCCCAGACUCCGGGCUUGUUCAAGCAAGGACUAACAAGUCUUUCCUUGGCUACUAUGUAACCUCACAGAAUGCUAUAUUUAAUUAUCAAGACAGCAUUGUAAGGUAGGGUAGAUAUGAUUAACCUUAUUUUACAGACAUAGAAAUCAAGGACCAGAGAGGUCAUAUAGGGAGAGGCUAGAUCCAAAUCCAUGGCUGCCUAACAUUUGUUACUCAGUGGCCUUUUUUUGCUUCCU